AUGUCGACUGAAGCAUUGCUUCAAAAGUACCAAGGCCACAUCGUGCCACAAAGUUACAAUGCUGGUUUUGUCGCUUUGAGUUAUGUGGUCAGCCUUGUUGGUGCCGGUUCGACCCUCGAACUCAUUAACCGCAGAACCGGUUUCAGAGGUCUUUUCAACCAUCUGCUACUGAUAGGUUCAGCAGUCACUAUGGGUGGAGUGUCUAUCUGGUGUAUGCACUUUAUCGGCAACAGAGCCAUCGAUCUUGCCGAUGGACAGCCCGAAUUACAAGUCGCCUAUUCCAGCGGCUUCACCGCGAUAUCGUUUUUCGUUCCGAUCCUGGUGCUUCUUGCCGCCUUCAUGGCUGUCGGUACCAACAACGUCGUUGCGUGGUGGAGAGUCGUAGCUGGUGGUGUCCUCUGUGGAACUGCUGUAUGCGGAAUGCAUUAUCUUGGCAAUGCUUCCAUCAACAACUACACCUGCGUAUAUCAGCCGGCAUACGUUAUAGGAUCUGCCAUCAUUGCUAUAGUGGCAAGCAAUGUUGCCUUGGCCAUGUUCUUCGUGUUUCGAGCCAUGUGGGCGAAUGCAUGGUGGAAACGAGGUAUCUCAGCUAUUGUGUUGGCUGGUGCCGUUUCAGGCAUGCAUUGGUGUGCAUCUGUUGGAACUCGUUAUCGACUUAAGAGCAUCAAGCCUAAUGGCAACGAGCCAUCAAGAACAGGCACCGUUGUCGUCGUCAUCUGCUUGUCCCUAGGGGCUUGCUUCGUCAUUGCUAUCUCGGCGAUCCUUCGAGCAAGAAACAUGAGAAGAAUGGCCCUGCGUGCCCAGCAGAUUACUCUCGCAGCAGCCAUCUUCGACAAGGGCGGAAGGAUACUGGUUGACCCUGAUGGAUACAUCCCAAACACUGUGGUGACCGAUUCUUUUCUGGAAAAGGACGCAAAGGAAGGAUUCAACACUGGUCACCCUCUGUUCCAUUGGAUGUAUCAAGCAUCAAGGAACUGGAACAUGAUCUGGAGUCUCAUAGGAGGCAUGAGACAGCAUCUAUCGGAAUUACCACACUCCCGCGCAAAGGAUGGUCGUCGAGGAAUCCAGCUCGUGAGCGACCAUGGCGAAACCAUCGACAGUUACGAUAAGAUAUUCAGAGAGCUUUUCUGUCUAGCUGCUGCUACUCUGGCUGAUCGAUUCCGGGAAGAUCUCACAUCCAUUGGAGUGCUCUGGGAUCAAAUCCUGCCGACUGGUGCCAAUGGUCGAAGGCCACAGCCCCAGCCUCAACCUCAACCGCGCAAGCAAUCUAUUGCAGGUGGAAGCGGCUUGGAAGGCAGUGAAGUUAUUGAAGAAAUACACAACAGUCUAGAUAUCACCGAGAAAGGUCUACAUUCACUGGAUUAUGGUUAUGGUUAUGGCCGUGGAUCUCUCAUGUUCCUCGUCCGCCGAUCUGAAUCAGCUCGUGAUAACGAACGUUUACUCUCGGCUGGUUAUCGUUUCGCUGAGAUUCAUCAGGUCAGCGACCUGAUCAAAUCGAACAUGCAGAUCCAAACCCCUGAAUUCGACAGCAAGCUCAGGGAAAUGGCGAGCUACACGAGUGAACACAACCACAUUCGCCAGGGCACUCACUUGGGCUUCUUUGCCGUUCGAGCUCGUGUUAGCUCCAGCUUCGAGGUCCUUGUGAGAAAAGGUGCACGCCAUUUGCUUCCAACUAUGCCCCUCCCGUUCAAGGAUUUACAAGAUUGGCACCUAAAUUAUCUCAGGAGGUUCGAGAACACGCCAGUGUCCAAAAUCGUGGAGAAAUGCAAGGAGGAUUCUCAGCGUAAUGAUCGAGAGGCUGAGUUCGCUGGACAAAUCGCAGACACCAUCCAGGGUUUGCGCGAAUGGACACAGGAACCCUUACUUGAAGAUGCACUCCUUACGUCGACAACGUUUCGCAUUCCUUGCCGUGGAGAUGAGAAGAGAUCAGAAGCAACGAUGAUCGCAGUACGGCUCGUCAUUCCCAUCCACUCGGUAUUGUCAAGCCCAACUUGUGAAUUCGUUCCCCUGAGUUUCUUUAGGAUGCGACAGGUAUCAACACAAUCCUACCAGGAAUUUACACGAGGGCUACAUCAAGAGUUUGGCCAUAUUGCGAAGACGGCAGAUCGUCAUGAAGAAUCUCAAGUUGGUGUAACUCCUUCAGCAUCCAGUCGAUGGCCAUUUGGACGUUCAGACACAGCUCGAAGUACUCGAGCCAGAGGAAAAUCUGUAUCAAACGUUUCUGGACGCCCGACUUCGUUUGCUGAUUCAACACGAUCAAGCUCAACGAUCAAUCUUUGCUCCCCAGGGAUCAACAUUCGAACCCAAUCCAUUGAUUCAACGGAGGAAUCAACGCCAUACAUACCCCGACAGGAGCCUCUCCAGACUGCACCGUCGUAUGGUGGUAUCAUGGUGUUCCAAGAGAUCACUGUGGAUGUGCAAGAGAGCAAUGAGCCACCGGGUAGGAAGCCAAGCAACGGCUCUGAUGCCGCUACACUGACAAUUGAGAAAACAAUCACGAGAUCUUUGCCUUCGGCAGGUAUCGAGCUGCAGUCUAUGGGUCAUUUUGGGGCCAACGAUGUUGGCACACAGUUGUCAAACGAUAUUGAGGCAGGCAAAGGUGGUCACAGUUACGUGACGUGCUUUGUCGAUGUUUUGUUCGCAAAGACGGUAGAAAGUCGUUAA